UUGAAGUGAGUUGCUAAAUGGAUGUGCUUGGUUGUGAAGUCACUUGUAUUGUUAUUUUUAUGAGCUGGCUCCAUGUUCAAGUCAGACGAACUUCAUUUUUGUCGAAUAUAUGGUUAAUCUUUUGCCUUCAUUCGCGUAUUAUUUCUGUUGGCGAACCUUAGGAAAACUUGAUCAUUUGUUAUUUUUCAUUGGAAAUUAUCAUGUCUCUGGACAGAGUGCAAAUUUCCAAAUGAGAUGACACUAUUUCGUGCAUUACCCACCACUAGAACUGCAGCAUUUGGAACUGUGAGUCAAAACAGGUUCGGAUAAGCCAAAGACGCGCGGCCGACGACAGUGGCGGGUGAGGCCGCAUCAGCACGGCUAGUACCACGACCCCCAGCCAGGCGCCGUCUAUGGUGGGCGAUCGGGAUGGAGGCGAAGGACUGGCCGUGCGGUGGGACCAAAUCUCCUCCGGCGCCCUCCUCGACGGCAUGGAGAACAACAGGGAGCAGGUGCGGUACUCCUCCGUGCCGCAGAUGUCGCCUCCCUCGCACCUGCCCCCACACAUACCCCCGCCGCCGCCGCUGCCCUUACAACUGCAGAGGCCCUUCUCCAGGUCGAUGUCUUCGCUGCCGCCCGAACCCUUCAUGAUCAUGCGCUCCAAGGCGCUCAACAGGAGGGUCGUCAUCAACGUUGGAGGAGUGAAGCACGAGGUGCUCUGGAGGACGCUUGAUCGACUACCGCAUACCAGGUUGGGCCGCCUCCGCGAUUGUAACACCCACGAGUCCCUCACCGAACUCUGCGACGACUACUCGCUCAUCGACAACGAAUACUUCUUCGACCGCCACCCCAAAUCGUUUAGUUCGAUUUUGAACUUCUACCGAACCGGAAAACUCCACCUGGUGGACGAGAUGUGCGUGCUCGCGUUCAGUGAUGACCUGGAGUACUGGGGCGUCGACGAGCUCUACCUCGAGUCGUGCUGCCAGCACAAGUACCACCAGCGCAAGGAGCACGUCCAUGAAGAGAUGCGCAAGGAGGCUGAGUCUCUGCGGCAGCGCGACGAGGAGGAGUUCGGGGAGGAUAAGUGUUCCCAGUAUCAAAAGUGGCUGUGGGAUAUGUUGGAGAAGCCUACGACGUCGAUCGCGGCGAGGGUCAUUGCCAUCGUUUCCAUCUUAUUUAUCGUAUUGUCAACAAUAGCACUCACACUCAACACCAUUCCAAGCAUGCAGCAUAACGACGAAAAGGGUAACUUCCAAGACAACCCUCAGCUGGCCAUGGUGGAGGCCGUUUGCAUCACCUGGUUCUCGCUGGAGUACAUUUUGCGAUUCAGUGCGUCGCCCAACAAGUGGAAGUUUUUCAAGGGCGGCCUGAACAUAAUAGAUUUAUUAGCCAUAUUGCCUUAUUUCGUUUCCCUGUUCCUGUUAGAAACCAAUAAGAACGCCACGGACCAGUUCCAGGACGUGCGUCGCGUAGUUCAAGUGUUUCGAAUCAUGAGGAUACUGCGCAUCCUCAAGCUUGCUCGACAUUCCACCGGGUUGCAAUCGCUAGGGUUCACUCUGCGUAACUCCUACAAAGAACUAGGCCUGCUGAUGCUCUUCCUUGCGAUGGGGGUCCUCAUUUUCUCCAGCCUGGCCUACUUCGCGGAGAAGGAAGAGGCGGGCACAAAGUUCAUUAGCAUUCCAGAGACUUUCUGGUGGGCCGGUAUCACCAUGACCACCGUGGGUUAUGGUGACAUCUAUCCCACCACCCCUUUGGGGAAGGUAAUAGGAAGCGUAUGUUGUAUAUGCGGCGUUUUGGUAAUUGCGUUGCCCAUUCCCAUCAUUGUUAAUAAUUUUGCCGAGUUCUACAAGAACCAAAUGAGGAGGGAGAAGGCGCUGAAACGUCGGGAGGCGCUGGAAAGGGCCAAGCGAGAGGGCAGCAUAGUAUCAUUCCAUCACAUUAAUCUUAGGGACGCUUUUGCGAAGAGCAUGGAUCUGAUAGAUGUGAUAGUGGAUACAGGGCACAAUAUGUCGCACGCCGACGGCAACAGUACUGAAGGGGAGUCGAUCGCGGGGGGUCGAAACCCAGCGCAGACCGGCACGGGGUGUUAUCGAAAUUUUGAACAUUUUCCGAACCGACAUCGACGCAGUAACUCUUCCACUCUGCCUUGUCUUCCAACGAACGAAGGUCCUCCUGGUUCCCCUUCCUCCCAGAGGCGGCUGCUGGGGCUAAUCCCGGCGGACGAGCAGCAGUUCCAGCCGCAGACGGCCGUGGCUCCUCUGGCACAGGAUGAGACCCAGUUGAUCCCCAGCACGCCAAAGGAGUGCAUUUCACCAACAGCUGAAAGUAAAAAAUCUGAUACCCUCAAGAAGACUGACAAAGUUGAAAAAAUAGAAGAAAUCCCCAGUGAAUUUGAAUGUUGUUUCUGCGCAUCCAAG